AUGGGUCUUAAAGCCACGCUCUCCAGUCUCUUCGUCAGUAAGGUUUGGGUGGUCGAUUGUCUACCAACGAUAUGUAUCUUGGUUAGCUCGUCUACAAAUCACUACUCAUUCCUGAAUCAUAGACACGCUGCCAAUGCAGAUCAAGAAGAAGAUGUCUUGCUCUUGUCAAGUUCUUCAUCAAAUUCCUCGUCCUCAAACUCAUCUGUCUUGGAUGCUUCUUUGAAUAUAUCAUCAGACUUCUUAACAAUAAGGCUUAUUAGUGCCGCAUUCGCUUCAGAGAGGCCUAUAGGGGAAAGUGUAUUUGUUGUUGAAGACAUUUUUGAGAGUAGUAUACUUUAUUUAUUGAGGACACUCCGUGAGCACCUAAUGCCUCUGCUUUCUCUUAAACUUCUGCCUGAUUUAUUUUCAAUCCAUCAGUUCCCUAGAAACUACAAAUGGCAAUCAUAUAUUCUUGACCAACCGUGGUUUACAUUAUCUAAAACAACAUCUGAGCUUUCUCUCAUCUUGCUAACUACUUCCAAACUUGUGGAUAUAGCCCAAAAGACAGAAGACAACUGGCGAUGUUUCAAAGUUGAUGCUAAAAUGGAUUUUGGUCUUGUUGGUAUUCUGGCUUGA